ACUGAUAAGAGUGCUUAUAUGUUAUGAGUAUAAGUAUAUACAAACAUCCUAUUUUUUCUUCUGAUAAAGAAUGUCACUCAGAUAACCCCAGAUUUCUACUAUAGUAGAAAUUAUAUUAUUACAUUAAUUAAUUAAUGACUAUCAGAAUCAAAAAUGUUACAUUUACUGUCGAAAAGAAAAUGUAUUCCUAGAAUAAUAAUGACAAGAUAUUUGGUAACUGAUCCUAAAUAUGGAUUUUUAAAGGAAUUGGGCAUUAUUUCUGAAAAUCCGGGCUUAUUUGAUGGACGAUGGGGAGGUUCUGGUAAAAUAAUUGAAUCCAUUUCUCCAGCUAAUGAAAAAGUUAUAGCAAAAGUUCGAGAAGCUACACCUCAGGAAGCCAGCAACGCUGUUACAGAAGCACGAAAAGCAUGGCCUCAAUGGGUAUCUUUGCCAGCACCUACAAGAGGAGAAAUAGUGCGACAAAUUGGUGUUGAAUUAAGAAAAUAUUUGAAACCUUUAGGACGAUUAAUAUCUUUAGAAAUGGGCAAAAUACUACCAGAAGGUAUUGGAGAAGUACAAGAAUUUAUAGAUAUAUGUGAUUAUGCAGUUGGAUUAUCUAGAAUGUUGCCUGGUAAUAUUUUUCCAUCCGAGAGAAAAAAUCAUGCAUUAUUAGAAAAAUGGAAUCCAUUAGGUGUUAUUGGUGUUAUAUCUGCAUUCAAUUUUCCAAUUGCAGUAUAUGGUUGGAAUGCUGCAAUAGCAAUGGUAUGUGGAAAUACAAUUGUUUGGAAAGGGGCACCCACCACUCCUCUUGUCUCUAUUGCAACUACUAAGAUCAUUGCUAGUGUUUUAGAAAGAAAUGGCAUUCCAGGUUCUGUUACAUCAAUGAUAACAGGUGGAUCAGAAGUUGGACAGAUUUUAGUGAAUGAUCACCGUAUUCCACUUCUCUCUUUUACGGGAAGUACAGCAAUAGGAAAACAGAUAGCACUUAAAGUGCAAGAAAGAUUUGGAAGAUCUUUAUUGGAACUUGGUGGUAAUAAUGCCUUAAUAAUUGCACAAGAUGCUGAUCUGGAAAUGGCAAUCAGAGCUGCAGUUUUUUCAUGUGUGGGAACAACUGGACAAAGAUGUACUACAACAAGAAGAUUAAUUCUUCAUAAUAAAAUACAAAAGGAAUUUACAGGAAGACUCAUAACAGCAUAUAAGAGCAUAUUGGAACGUAUUGGUGAUCCUUUGGAAGAUGGUACAUUGUAUGGACCGUUGCACAGUGAACAAGCUGUCAAUGAAUAUAUGAUAGCAGUACAAGAAGCAAAAGAUAAUGGUGGUACAAUAGAAUUUGGUGGUAAAAGAUUGAAUCGACCUGGAUUUUAUGUUGAACCAACAAUAAUUUCUGGUUUGUCAUCUAAAGCAAAGAUUAUACAAAAAGAAACGUUUGCACCAAUUGUAUAUAUUUUGGAAGCAAACUCAUUAGAAGAAGCAAUAGCACUUAACAAUGGUGUAGAACAAGGUUUAAGUAGUUCUCUCUUUACUAAAAAUAUAGGAAACGUAUUUCAGUGGAUUGGACCACAUGGUUCAGAUUGUGGAAUAGUGAAUGUCAAUAUCGGUACCAGUGGUGCUGAAAUAGGUGGGGCAUUUGGUGGAGAAAAAGCAACAGGAGGAGGCAGAGAAAGUGGAAGUGAUGCUUGGAAACAUUAUAUGAGACGUGCAACUGUUACUAUCAAUUAUGGAAAUGAACUUCCUCUUGCUCAGGGUAUAAAGUUUGAAUAGAUGAAUAAAAUUUAUUGAAAAAUUAAUAAAUACUCAAGAAUUUAAUUCAAAUCGUAUAAAAUCUACUUGUAUAUCAACAGAAUUUUUUUUAUGAAAUUUAUAUAUACGAGGUAAAUCAUAUCUUAACUCAGCAAUUACUGUUCCUUUUGCACCAAGUUGUGUAGCUUUAGAAAGAACAUAAUCUCGUGUACUGGUUUUAUGUAAAGAAUAUACAGCACUGGAAGCUGCUUUAAUAGCAA